CAACCAACUUCAGAGAGAUGGAAAGAUAUGGAAAAACAAUGGAAGAGACCUCACAGACUGGUGCUGGUUCCUUGUCCAUUCCAAGGUCACAUAAACCCGAUGCUUCAUUUGGGUUAUAUUCUACAUUCCAAGGGCUUCUCCAUCACAAUCUCUCACACCCAAUUCAACUUCCCCAACACGGCAAACCACCCUGACUUCCAUUUCCUACCCAUCGUGGAUGGCUUCUCUGAUCGUGUCGUCUCCUCUGGGAACUUUAUAGAUGUGAUUUCUUCUUUCAACAACAACUGCAGAGCUCCCCUUGAGGAAUCACUGGCCUUGGUGAUGGAAACAAGGGAGUAUGACGGUGAGAUUACCUGCAUCAUAUAUGAUGAAUACAUGUAUUUCGCCGCAGCAGUAGCAAAGCAUCUGAAGCUUCCCAGUAUCAUCUUGCGCACUAGCAGUGCUAUACAUGAUCUGACUUACAACGCAAUUCCUGGGCUUCUUAAAGACGGUCACAUUUCUACACAAGAUGCAGAUCCUAUAUUGCUGGAAUCAGUGCCGGGGCUUCAUCCUCUCAGAUUCAAAGAUCUCCCUAUUACCAAUUUCAAAAGUAUAAACGACUUGCUGCAGCUAAUAGCCAAUGCGCAUGAAACCAGAACAUCUGCGGCCAUCAUUUGGAACACCAUGGACUGCCUCGAAGGGAAAUCACUGGCACAGCUCCAGCAGCAAAGCCAAGUUCCAUUAUUCGCGAUCGGCCCUUUCCACAAAAUAGCUCCCGCCAAAUCCUGCAGUAUACUGGAAGAGGAUACAAACUGCAUUGAAUGGCUAGAUAAGCAAGCCUGUAACUCUGUCAUCUAUAUAAGUUUAGGGAGUAUAGCAUCCAUGGACAAGAAAGAGCUAGCCGAAAUGGAAUGGGGGCUGGCUAACAGCCAGCAGCAUUUCCUAUGGGUGGUUCGACCGGAUCCAACAACUACUUGUUCAGAAUGGACAGAUUCACUUCCUGAAGGUUUCAUAGAAGCCAUUGGAGAAAGGGGUUGCAUUGUGAAAUGGGCACCCCAGAAGGAAGUGUUGGCACACGGUGCGGUGGGAGGAUUUUGGAGCCAUUGUGGUUGGAAUUCGACCCUUGAAGGUCUCUGUGAAGGUGUUCCAAUGAUAUGCCAACCAUAUUUUGGAGAUCAGUGGGUGCAUGCAAGGUACUUGACCCAAGUAUGGAGAACCGGACAGGAAUGGGGAGACAAUAUGGAAAGAGGGGAGAUAGAGCGGGCUGUAAGAAGGCUGAUUGUGGAUAAAGAAGGGAAGGAGAUGAGGCAGAGGGCAGUGCAUUUGAAGGAGAAGAUUGAUAUUUGCAUGUCGGAAGGUGGUGGCUCUUACAAUUCAUUAUAUGAGUUGGUAGGGUAUAUCCUGUCGCUCAAAAUUGCUUAGUCUUUAAAUCAGAAAGCACCUAAAUUUCCUAGCUUUCUCUGCUAGGGUAAUAGCAUCGGAUGUCAGAUGAAAACUACUGCUAUAUUAUAUGAAAAUAAACAUAUAUAUGAAAUCAAACAGUCCUCCUGCUUCUGAA